ACUGGAGCUACUACAGGCUAAAACGCUGACUUUGUUAUAGGUCCAUGCGUCCAAUUUAGAGGGAGAAUAUGAGUUCAUCCUUGAGGAAGUUGACCGUCCUCUGUACGAAGUGCCGAAUAGGGAGUUCCUCAUAAUCAUGGGCAAUUUCAAUACGCAUAUCGGAGAGGCAGUAGAGCUGAUGCAGAAGUUCAAGAACUUCGGAAUCAUGUUUACUGGUGAUCUAAAAUUUGAGGAAGAAAUGGGCCGGCGGGUUGGAGUAGCCAGUGGCGUUCUGCGUGAAUUCGCCCGAACCACUGUGACUAAAUUAGAGCAAUGUCUCAAUACUAAGCCCUCAGUGCUAAAGUCGAUCUUUAUCCUCAUACUCACCUACGAUUGGAAAGUCACAGCCGCGUUGCGGAUGCCUCCAAGAGAGGAAGGCGAAGCAACUAUUACUUGCCGAGCUGACCGACAAAAGGCCCCGGGGUCGGCCAAGAUUAACCUGUUUCCGACUCUGGCUGUCUUCUGUCGAAGCUCAGACUCUGACACAGGAUCGGGAACGUUGGAAGCUCUCUCUGACGUGUCUGCCUCCGUGACCCGAAGAGAGAAGCGGUUACGGAAGGUGAAAGUGAAGAGCAGAGAAGUAGCGGGGCUUAACGCUUAUUUCUGGUACAUCUACUCGCAUUAA